CGAACCGUUAUCAGAAACCAGGAGGCAGGAUUUUUAUUAUUUUGUUCAAAGAAAAAAGAAAGAAAGAACAACAACAACAACAAAAACAAAGGUUCGUUAACGGUUCUGUUUUUUAUUGAAUCGCGAUGUGCGUGGUUUGAGUUGGGAGUGUUUGGCGGGAAUGGCGGAUUAGUGUGUGGAUUAGUAGGAGGUCUGAUGGAGAAGCGCAGGAGGAUGAGACGGUGCACUUUGUGGUUCGUUUGUUGAGUGCUGGGUGGAACGUAUGACAAGCUACACCCGCUGUUUUUCCACUGACUGGGACUGAGAGAUCAACUCCGCGUACAGCAGUCGAUGCGGCCUGUCGGCGUCUCUCCUCUGUCCGAGCUCUCAGCAUGUCUCGCGUCUCCUCCACGGCCAAGCGCUACGCUGGCUCCUCCUACACCAGCCACUAUAGCUCAUACAGCUCCUCCCUGACGCCCUCGCUCACGACUUACGAUCGUGAUAAGCUCUCCUACAAAAGCCCCUCGAUGGCGUACUCGACUUCUAGCUACCUAAACUCGAGCGGCAGCCGCACACGGAACUACAGCACCUCGGAGCCCGAGCGAGGCCGUACCGUCCCUCGCACUGACCUGCUAAGCGGCCGGCGCAGCGAGAGCCUGAGUCGCACGCCUAUAAAGGGCUACGGUUCGGGACUGAACGGCGGCUCGGCCUACUCGACCUACGGCUACUCGCCGGCACAGACCAGCUACCUCUCCACCUCUCCCAUGUCCAGCGUCUCCCUGGACCGAAGAAAGUCAGUUAGUCAGAGCGACCUGACGCGGGAUCUGUCCUCGCUGGCCCUUAACGACACUUCCAGCAGCAGCAGUCUGAAGCAGGCGUACAGGAUCCGGACAAGCAAUGCCACCGAGUCCUACACAAGCGGCAGCAGCUUGCGCUCAGGGUUCGGGAUGUCUCGCAGCUCCACGCAGGAGGCCCUGAGCAGCAGCAGCAGCAGCCGCUUCUCCUCCUCUAUCGGACGCUCCAGUUCGCCACUCAGGGAGGAGCCAGUGAGACCAAGCUCCAAGGCCGCCCAAGGUCUGGUGGGAUUAAAGAAUCUGGGCAAUACAUGCUUUAUGAACUCCAUCCUUCAGUGUCUUAGCAACACACACAGUCUGCGGGACUACUGUCUACACAAUUCCCAUCGCCGCGACCUGAACAACAACAACCGCACUAACACUGCGCUGAUGGAGGAAUUUGCCAAGCUCAUCCAGACGAUGUGGUCGUCGUCAACCAGUGACGCCGUCAGCCCAUCCGAGUUCAAAACGCAGAUCCAGAGAUACGCGCCCAGAUUCGUUGGCUACAACCAACAAGAUGCUCAGGAGUUUCUGCGCUUCCUGCUCGAUGGCCUUCACAACGAGGUGAACAGGGUUACAGUACGGCCACGCGCCACCACAGAGGACUUCGACCAUUUACCUGAUGAUGAGAAAGGGAAGAAAAUGUGGAGCAAGUACCUGGAGAGAGAGGAUAGUAAAAUUGUAGACUUGUUCGUAGGGCAGCUGAAGAGCUCUUUGACCUGCACCGAGUGUGGCUACUGUUCCACUGUGUUUGAUCCCUUCUGGGAUCUUUCCUUACCAAUCUCCAAGAAGGGCUACGGAGAGGUCAGUCUGAUGGACUGCAUGCGACUCUUCACUAAAGAAGACGUCCUGGACGGAGAUGAGAAACCGACAUGUUACAGAUGCAAAGCCAGAAGAAAAUGUACAAAGAAGUUCACCAUUCAGAAGUUCCCCAAAAUCUUAGUGUUACAUCUGAAGCGUUUCUCUGAAGCUCGAGUCAGAUCUAGUAAACUGUCCACUUUUGUCAACUUCCCAAUGAAGGACCUGGACCUCAGGGAGUUUGCAUCUGACAGAAGCAGUAGUGCAGUGUAUAACCUGUAUGCAGUGUCCAAUCACUCAGGCACCACCAUGGGCGGGCAUUACACGGCAUACUGCUGCAAUCCUGACCUGGGAGAAUGGUACACGUUUAAUGACUCCAGAGUAACGCCGAUGUCCUCCAGUCAGGUCCGCAGCAGUGACGCGUACGUCCUGUUCUACGAACGAUCCGGCUUGUGAGGUCCCACAGGAGACGGAAGGAGUGAAGCCAUGACCCCUUGUGGUCAUUACCAUCACACUGCGCUCCUCACAUAAGGAAGACUCUGUCGCCUUCUGCUGGACACCUGACAGAAAAAAAAAAAUAAUAAUAAUAAUGUAACGUCCUUACCGACUCUCUGCUGCUGUGUCCAGUUCAUUUUCAUCGAAGAGGUCCGGAGUGUCCUGAUGCCUCCAUGAUUGUAUGUGUGUGUGUGUGUGUAUGUGAGAUGGGCGUGUUUAUGGGUGUGUGUACUGUAUGUGUGCAUGUCUGAGGGCAGCUCCUCGGGAGACAGUGUAGGGUAAUAAAACCCUCGUGCCUCCCUCUCACAGGUCUCUAUGCGCUAUGCACUGCAACAGAACUCUGGUCCCGAUUGCGCCUUGUUCAACAUCGCCUCAGUACACAGACCGAUUUAACAUUAUAGUGUUCUCCUGUCAGUCGUAUCAUUUUUAUUUGUACUCCGUAUAAUCGAGGGGGCUGAUCCAGUGGUGUGAGGCUCCCUCUGCUGAAGGAGACGAGAUUUACAACCUCAAAGCUGCAUCCCGAACGCCUAUUCGAGUUUGUUCCACGUCUCUGCUUUUUUUAUUCGCCGACUUGAUUUUUGAUUUGUCUCACCCGUCAUUUUCUCCCAGCCGCUAGUCACUCCAUUCUCUCCCUCCUCUUACUCUCCUGAGGGCUGAAAGGGGCAAAAAGGUCUGUCGAAGGGCGUGUCAUGUGGAGAUUUGGCGUGGCUGCUACUGAUCCGAUAAAUGCUGUGAACGAGAAGGCGGGCGAGUCGAACCGAUCGCUGUUCACUCCGUAGUCCUGAUCAUGCAGAUUGGUUUAUCUUUGAUUUCAUGCCAUUGAACAACACGGGAAGAAGGUUUGGGAGGGGGGGGGUGGGGUUAAAGGGGAAAAAAAACACUAACUGUAUAUUUUUAUAUAUGAUGCAAUAUAGAGAAUGUACUAUACUGUGGUGCUGAAAAUGACCUGUUACUGUUUUCAGUUAAUUUAACAGGAGAAAGAGAAUGGAUACUAUUUAUGCUCACGUGUCACUUUUUAACAGUGACAGGCAAAGUAUAUAUAUGGAAUAAAUUUUAGAGAAAGAC